AUGAAGGCGCCGCUUGUGGCCUCUGAUUGGCGUAGAACCCUGGCAUGGGACUAUGACUGCUUCUACGCGCAAGUCUUUGAGAACAGAAACCCGGCGCUGAGGUCAAAGCCGCUCGGCAUUAAGCAGAAGAACAUCUUGGCCACCUGCAACUACAAUGCGCGUCGCCGCAAUGUCAAGAAGCUCAUGCUCAUCACGGAGGCAAAGAAGAUUUGUCCCGAUCUCGUUCUUGUAGAUGGCGAGGAUUUGACGCCGUUCCGCGAUGUGAGCAAAACUCUGUUCAAUUUCCUGAGAUCUCACUCUUGGAAUGGCAAGGCGGAACGGCUGGGCUUUGAUGAAGUCUUCUUGGAUGUGACGGAUAUUAUCGACUACAACAUGUCGUGUCUCAAUCGAACUUCAAUGACCGAGUCGUUCUUUUAUCUAUCCAACAAGGACCCUGAAGUAGGCUUUCCAUGCGACUUGACCUCCAUUGCAGGCUGUGUUGUUGGUGCCACUGUCGAGGACUUGGAUUUGGAGAGCCCUAUAUAUUUGAGGCACCUCUUGGGCUCCCACUUUGCCCAAUACCUGCGACUAAAGCUAGAGCAAGACUUUGGUUACACAUCGACUUGUGGCAUCUCUACAAAUAAGCUUCUGAGCAAACUUGUUGGCAGCAAGAACAAGCCGAGGAAUCAGACAACGCUGCUUGCUUUGACCGAUGACGAUAUCGUGAGCUUUGUGGAUGGGCACAAGCUGCGCAAUAUUGCAGGAAUGGGCUCCAAAAUCACACACGUGCUUGAAUCACACAUCAUGUCCAAGGAGCUUGAAGACACUGGCCCCUUUGAUUCUCACGUAACGGCACGAGAAGCUCGUCUCCAUCCGACUGUAUCCCCGUCCUUUCUUGAGGUACUUCUAGGUGGCCCUGGCGCGGAAAGAGGCAUUGGAUCUCGAGUCUGGGGGUUUCUUCACGGUGUGGAUCCUACAGAAGUCAAGGAAGCAAACGACGUCCCUUCACAAAUCAGUAUCGAAGACACCUACGGUGGUCUUCAAACGAUACCCCGAAUCACAGAAGAGCUUCAUAAGCUGUCGUGUUCUCUGAUUCGGAGAAUGAGAGUAGAUCUUACUAUCCUAGACCACGGUUCAGACAUACCAGGCGGCCAAAAGUGGAUUGCAAGACCAAGGACCCUCCGACUCUCAACUCGAUCAUGGCCGAAGUCGGAUGCCUCCCAGACUCGAGAUUUCAGUCGUGUGUCUCGGUCAGGACCGCUACCGAGUUUUAUCUUUGACCUAAAAGCUGACAUUGACGAGCUUGCUCAGCAGCUAGUCGCAGAAGCGCUAUUGCCAUUACUCCGCCGCUUACAGAGUGAAAAGGGUCAGACGUGGAAUUUGCAGCUCAUUAACAUCUGCGCAGCAAACAUGGUUGCUGGAGCUACUGAUGACAAGACGGGAGCGGGACGAGACAUUGCAGUCAUGUUCAAGAAGCAGGACGAAGUACUUGCUCCAUGGAGGAUUACGUCUGACGCGGCUGACGACGAUGAGAAACUUGCGAAAGACGAAAUGGAGGACGAUGUAUCUGAAGAUUUGGAUUCUGACAUAUCUUGGGAGGCCUCGGAUAGUUCCAUAUGCGUUACCUGCGGCCACUCUAUACCUUUGUUUGCGCUGCCCGCUCAUGUGAGGUAUCAUGAGAUGGGCGAAUGA